AUGGGGGGGAGGGGGAGUGGUAUUCAUGAGCUUGAGGGAAAGGUCAUGAAAGUACUAUGCUUUCCAGGCUUACAGAGGCUUGAUGGCAUUUUUUCCAGUGAAGAGGGAUUUUCACUGAGCACUGAAGAUCCUGCCACAUCGAUUGGGCGACUACGAUACGAAAGACGCUUCCUCAUCUCAACCGUCCCCAUCUGUGCGGUUGCCGAAGAGUACAGCUUCUCACUUUGGCCUCCUCUAUCGGGAGAGCUGAGAGACGGCUGCUCUGCUUGA